AUGAGCCUCACCUUUCAGCUGACGCAGGCACUCUCCGGACACAGCUGUUUCCGGAGCUACCUGCACAGAUUCAAACAGGCCGACGACAGGUACUGUGUCUAUUGCAUGGACCCAGAUGACACAGCCGAGCACACAGUGUUCUCCUGCCCAAGAUGGCUGGACGACCACGCCCGCUUAACCGAGAUCCUGAGGCGAUCCCUGAACGCCGGGGACGUAGAGGACAUUCUGUGCGGCCCCUUGCCAGCCGACCUGCCCGAAGAACCCGUCUCGAGGAGACGUAUGCUGAUGCAGGCCAAAACGAAUCGGGACGAACUGGUUAAAAUGGUUGAAUCCAUAAUGACUACAAAAAAAGAAGACGAACGGGAAGAAGAGGCCUACUACAGAGGAGUAUUGAACAGGCGAAAAGCGGGUCAAGCUCCAGCCUGA